GUCUAGAGACUCUAUGAAGGAAUUCUCGAACUAUUAUAGUUCUACGCUUCAUCAUUGUAGGCGCUAGUAUCAACUUUAUCAAGAAAAUUACUUUCUUAAAUUAAAAUAUUAAGGAAUAUUAAAAUAAUAAUAUUGAUUUUAAUAAAAUUUUUUAUUUCAUACAUUAAAUUAUUUAUUACAUUAUAAAUUUUAAUAUUUUAUAUAACCUAUUAAAAAUAUUGUCAUCAUAUUGAACUUGACAAGACAAUUAAAUGUAAAUAAAAUUAUUAAAAUAGAUAUAAAAAUUAAAAAUGGUCCUUGGAAGAAUAUUUUAUUCAAGAAUACUAUCUAAUUUAAGAUAUAAUUUAGGAAAUGAUAUUCAAUUUUAUAGUGUAUUCCCACCAAAUUAUAUAAAACCAAUUUAUAAAAAAGAUGAACAAGAAUUAAUGUAUAGUAACGCAAAAAUAAAACAAUUAAUACAUGCACCUAUAAAACCAGCUUCUGGAUUUGAGACAUGCUCUGAAUUUCAUGAUAUAGUAAUUAGAAAGUUCACAAACCAUCUUAUGAGAAAAGGUAAAAGACAAUUAGCUAGAAAAUUAAUAGAAGAAACUUUUGAAAAUAUUAAAAUAAUAAAAUUAAAUGAAUAUUAUAAUACUUCACCUGAAUAUAGAGAAAAUAUAAUAUUGGAUCCAAAGACACUUUUGCAUCAUGCUGUAAAAAAUUGUACACCUAUUUUAGAAUUAAAGAAAAUAAAAAGAGGUGGAAUUUAUUAUCAGGUUCCAAUACCAAUGAAUGAUAGUAGAGCUCAAUUUUUAUCUAUAAACUGGCUAAUUAAAACUGCACAAGAAAAAGGAAAUAUUGAAAAAUUUUCUAAUGUAUUAGCAAGAGAAAUUAUUGAUGCUGCAAAAAAUCAAGGUCGAGUUGUUAAAAAGAAACAAGAAUUACAUAAAUUAUGUGAAGCAAAUCGAGCUUAUGCACAUUAUAGAUGGUUGUAAAAAAAAUAUUAAAAACAAUAUUAAAAUAUAUAUUAUAAUAUAAAAUAUAUAAAAUAAUAAAAAAAAAAUUAAAUAAAAAGAAAA